AUGGAGACGUUGAAGGACUUCAAGUUCGAUGUCUCGUAUCACCCUGGCAAGGCCAAUUUGGUGGCGGACGCCUUGAGCCGUAAAAGGGCGCUCGAAUUGGCGACCCCGCUAAUGGUGAGAGAAUGGGACAUGGUGGAAUUUGUACGGGACUUCGACAUGAAGCUAACCGUGGAGGAACCGUACGAGGUCAUAGACCACAUUCAGGCCCAGCCAAUGAUUAACAGUAAAAUCAUUGAAGCCCAAGAAGGCAAUGAGCUAUUGGGAAAGAUGAGAGAAAGAGCAAAGAAUGACGUAGAGUCUGAGUGGAGAGUCGGCACUGAUGGGGGAUUACGGUACCGAGGCCACCUUUGUGUCCCAAAUCUUCAGGGACUACGAGAAGAAGUCCUAGAUGCUGCUCACAACUCCAAGUUGGCGAUGCAUCCUGGUAGUACCAAGAUGUACCAGGAUCUGAGGCGAAACUAUUGGUGGGACACAUGA